AUGAAACCAUCUUCCAUCGCGAUGGUUGACAAUCAACAACAACAACACCACCAUAACAUAAAUAUCACUAACAACAACAAUAAUAUUAAUUUAAACAAUAAUAAUUUAAAUCAAAAUAAUAUUAUCAAUAGUCCCAACACCAAUAAUAUUAAUACAAACUGUUCUGAAACAGAUUUAUAUGGAAACUAUAAACCAAGUGGAGGCCCCAAUAACUAUCAAUCAUCAGCAUCCAUACAGGAUAUUCAAGAUCAACAACCAAAUAAUUCAAUAAUACAUAAUCUACCAAUGUCAUAUCCAUCAUUUGAUAACAAUUCCUCGACAAACAAUGUCGAUAAAAAAUGGAAUGAGUCGCUUUCAAGCGCUCCUUCAUCCGUAUCAAACAGUGCUAGCAACAGCAGUUUAGACUUGUCAAGUCCAUCAAACUCUGUUAAUAGUCCACCAAUCUCCAAUCAAUCUCUCACCAACACCACUCCUCAAAAUGCUUCACCAAGUCAGCAAAAGAAGAGAACUCGUGAUGAGGAAACAAUGAUUGGAUUUAUGGAAAGUUUUUUGAUUCGUAGUAAUAACGAUGAUAAUAAUAACAACAAUAAUAAUAGUAAUAUUGAUAACCUAAAUUCAUAUAAUCAAUCAUUAUACUCUCAGUCAAUGGGAACAGUUGGAUCUACCGCGUCAAAAUCAAAUAAAGAAUAUACCAUAAAAAUAAAAAAGGAUUUACCCAUCCAGCCACAACCAAAUCAACAGACAUCCAAAUCUGUUAUGCAAACCGGUCAACAGCAACAACAACAACAACAAAAAUUACCAUCGAUCCACCAUCUAGAGUUGGAUGCAACCGAUAAAAACAAAUUAGAUGAUGCUGGCAACAGUAUUGUAAAUAAUAGUAGUGGAAUAAAUUUAAAUAGUAGUGGAGGAGUUGGCGUACAAACAGGCGGACCUGCCAAUUCCAACCAACAAAAUCAACAAAAGAAAAGAAAAUCAAAACCAUCAAAAUACUCUAUCAAUGCACUCAACACCAGUACACUUUUGAUGGGUCCAAGCUCAAGUGGAGCCACCGGUAGUAGCGGCAAUGUCAUGUCACCACUUCAAUCGUCAACCAAUCUCAACAGUGGUGGAAAUCAACAAUCCUAUGGAAAUGAUUUCCUUCUCAACUACCACUCAUCCAACAGCACACCACAAUCUUCGUCGUCACCAUCACCAGUGAUGCCAAUGCAAUAUGGAACCGGCUAUCAAACCAAUGAUCCAUCCAGUUUCUUCCAGUCUGUUGGACAAUCAAGUGGAACCGUCAGCUAUAAAUCGUCAUCCACCAACUCCACCGGCACCAACCAACAUUAUGGAAACGAAGUCAAUGAAUAUAUGGCACUUUCACCCACUGGUGGAUCGGUGACAAGCUCACAAUAUCUUCAGAGUAGCGGUGUCAACACUCCACAGACAGUGAACCACUCACCACCAUACAUUGAAUACCAACGAAGCAACUCUUUCGACUCGUCCAACGCCAACAACCAAAUGCAAAAUGAGAAAAAUUAUUACACUUCGCAAGCAUCGAUUCCCCAAAAAUUGACCAACACUCUUAAAUACAGUGACUAUGAUCAAAUGUCAUCGAGUGGAUCACACCCUUCAAUCUACCCCGGUCACUAUCCAUACUAUGAAACAUUCACCCAUCCACCUGCCAAGAAAACCCAUCGUAGACGUCCCGCCAACAUUGACAAAUCCACACUCUACUGCCACCAUUGCAACACUAAAACUACACCAGAGUGGAGAAGAGGUCCGAAUGGUCCUGCGACCCUGUGCAAUGCAUGUGGUCUUGCCUAUGCCAAGAAGCAACGUGAAGAUGAAUCCAAUCUCCAAAAACUUUUAUUACAACACAGCAACUCCUACAACUAUCAUCGUAGCAACAUUCAUGAAUCCUAUGUAACUCCAUCGAUGGCAUCAUCAUUGCUACCGCUAUACAAUACUGCUGCGUCGGUGCCCUAUAUGACAAGCUCUUCAUCAUCAACACCCGGACUUUCCAACUCGUAUCUGACGUAUCAAAUGCAAUCCAAACCACUUAACUCGUCAGGCGGAAUGGCUCCAUCGCAACUAUUCUUACCAUCAGCCAAGCAAUCACCAACCUCAUCCAUUCUACAAGAUACCUCAAGAAAAUCAAACUCAUUUUCACCAAACUCUGCUGUGGGAACAUCCUCAUCUUCAUCCACUGGUUCCAGUUCAAUAUCAACAUAA